CUGGUUAGGGCUGCAAUAAAAAUUCGCCGGGGGUAAAAAGAUGGAAGGGUGGAAGCGUGGGCAGGGAGGUAAAAAGUGAGAUGUAUCAGUGGGCGAUCAUGGAUUCCGACCAACCAUCCAAGAUGAAGAUCUUCUUAAAGUUGAUGAAAACUGUAGCCCUUGAAGUAAACAGCACAGACACAAUUGAUGACAUCAAAGCUAAGAUUUCCCCCGUAGAGGGACUUGCACCGAGUCAACAAGAGCUAUUUUUUGCAGGUAAUCAUCUCAAGGGUACUAAUACACUAGCCGAUUACAACAUUCCCGAGAAUUCCACCAUCAACCUUUAUAUUGGACAUGGAAUGCAAAUAUUUGUUAAGGUUCCAACCACUGGGAAUACAAUUGUGCUUGAUGUGAAGAAAUGCGACACCAUUCAAAAUGUGAAGUCUAAAAUCCAGGACAAGGAGGGAAUCCCACUAAACCAACAAACACUCGUCUACUUAGGCAGAUCACUUGAGGAUAACGAGACAUUGAUUGCUUAUGAUAUCAAAGAAGCUUCGUUGCUUAAUUUAGUAUUGCAUCCAAAAGAUGAGCUGAAAAUAUAUGUCAACAUCACUAGUGGUAAAACCCUAAUACUUGAAGUGAGAACCUGGUACACCAUUAGGGAUGUCAAGAUGAUAGUUGAGAGCUUGGAGGGGGAUCCUACUGGUGAACAGAUGCUUGUUUAUGCUGGAAACCAGCUACAGGACACUCUAACUUUGCAUGACCAUAAAAUCUGUGAUAAUUCUGUCUUGCAGUUGUCGUCGUCUCCAAUGCAGAUAUUCAUUAAGAGUGCAAGUGGGAAGACCUUAACACUCAUGGUGGAAAAGAGCAGCACGGUAGCUAAUGUCAUGGAUAAUAUGGAAAAGAAGGGGUUCAAACUGAAUCACCAGAUGCUGGUGUAUGCAGGGAAAGUACUUGACAAAGAUGCAACUCUUGCAGAUUAUCAUAUUCAGGGUGGUUCAACCAUCGAUGUCCGAACACGUGCUGGUUCAGCCAUCGAUCUACGAACACAUGCUUCUUUUCAGUACUGACAUCAUAUCUUUGUGAACUUAGUAAAUGGGGAAAGAAUCUCUCCGAACGUGGAGCCAGACACUAAAAUAAAAGAGGUGAAAGCCAUGAUCCAAGAGAGGACCAAUAUUCCAUGCAUAAAUCUAAAGCUUUGUUAUUUUAAGAAAAGGCUCCAUGAGUGUUCUACUUUGGCACAGAACAACAUUCACUUUGGCUCUACUCUACUGCUUAGUUCCUAAUGCAUUUUAUGAUGAUAGAAAGGUACAAUAGAUCUGUGAGAUAAAAUAUUGGGAUAAACAGAUUUUUCAGGAUGUGUCACCAUUGUGGCUGAUUCUUUUGGUGACAUCUUAGAAAGGAAAGGUUUCUUUUCAUUUUCUUUCGUAUGCUUUUAUGAAAAAACUUACCAACUAACUUGUAUCUGGAUUGAUAAUCCUUUCUGGAUGGUUAUUUUAAUGGCAAAACAUAGUCAAUAUCUGUUGGAACAGGAAAA